AUGCUCUCGCAAGAGGCUCCGCUAGCUGGCUCGCCUCCAACCACGCUUUCCAAGAUGCAUCUGCCCAGCCAUCAUGCGACCUCCGCGCCGCCUGCCAUCGUGCUCGAGACGGCCCAAGGCACCGAGCGAUUCUACAACGACCCUGUGCGGAUAGCGCAAUAUGAUAAUAUAGGGUCAACAGCGAAAGGCAUCAUGAUCGGCAUCUUUUCGGUGCUCGGCGCUGCCGGAUUCGUUCUUAUUCUCGCCGCCAUCGUCUAUUACUUCCGAUAUACACAGCAGGGACGCAUUUUCUUAGACCGGUUAACGAGGCCUGGAGAGUAUGAUGAUGAGCAGCAGUUCGCGAAGGAGGAGGCAGAGGCGCUGGAGGAGAUGGAUGAUUUACAACGGACCGAGUACCUGCGGGCUAAAGCCUUCAUCCAGGCGAACCCCCCGGAAUCCGUGCAAACCGACAUUUCUUUAUCGCAAUUCUUGGCCAUACAAGAGAAGGGUGUAUCCGCCUGGGAGUUUGAACCGGAGCUGGAAAUCGCCAACUGCUUCGUAGAAGGAAGGACCGAGAUUGAAUUCUUCGACUCUGAAUGCAGCGUACAGAGCAAUCUGCCGAUACCAAAGCAGAAUGAGGUCUAUUACUGGGAGGCGAAGAUCUAUGACAAGCCCGACACUACGAAUAUUGCUAUCGGCGUAUCAACGAAGCCGUAUCCGCUGUUUAGACUGCCAGGCUACCACAAGUACUCAAUAGCAUACAUGUCGCACGGAUCCCGCCGAUAUAACCAGCCUUUCACACCCUCUCCCUACGGCCCCGCAUAUGUGCAAGGAGAUGUCAUUGGCGUCGGAUACCGACCUCGCACGGGCACCAUUUUCUUCACACGGAACGGAAAGAAGCUGGAUGAUGUCGCACACGGCCUGAAGACGCAGAACUUCUUUCCUACGGUUGGCGCCAACGGACCGUGUCAGGUACAUGUCAACUUCGGACAGAUGGGUUUCGUCUUUAUCGAAGCCAACGUGAAGAAGUGGGGACUAGCACCGAUGACCGGCAGUUUGGCUCCUCCGCCACCGUAUGGAAGCGAACAAGGAUCCAUUCUCCUCGACAGCGGCCGAGAUGGUAUCCGGGAAGGAAUGGCUGGAAACUACAUCUCCGCUGGAUAUGGACAUGCUAGGACAAGCAGUCAGGCAAUGCGUCUCGGACGGCACCAGCCAACGAGUCCCGGUCCGCAGCGCAGCCCCACAGACAUAUCCUUAGCACAGCUGAGCCUUGUAGACUCCCAUGAAGACGAUGCGGGCGAGGGCACCAGCGCAGAAGCAGCAGCCCACCACCAGGCAGUCCACGGACUUGGUUUCCUCCAACCUGGCGAGCUCCCACCCGAGUAUACCAGCCCUCAGGGCUCCCCGAAUCUCAGCACAGCAACAAGUCACGACGAUGACUAUUGGCAAGAGCGCAGACCGCCAAUGCACAACCCGCACCAAGCCGGUCCACCAAUUCCAAGCUACGACGCCGCCAUGAGAGAUUCACCACAACCCGAACCUCCUCAGAUCCGCGUCCGUAGUGAUACUCAGAACUCUCGAUCUACAAGAAGAGGAGGACGUUCAUGA